UCCCGGCAAAGACUUUCAUGUUGCGCCGGUGAAGGUUCCAAACAAAACGUGACCAGAAUGAAGAUGCUAAAAAGGGUUUCAACUCUCAUCCUGAGCAGAGGAAUUAAAUCUUCUCACAGCACAUUGUCCAACAAGGAGCUCUUUUUCAGAGUUCACCCAUCUGUGUCCCAGGCGUUGGGAGAAAACAAGCCAGUGGUUGCACUUGAAAGCACCAUCAUCACCCAUGGAAUGCCUUAUCCACACAAUCUGAGCACUGCAAAGGAAGUGGAAGCCAUUGUGCAGAGUGAGGGAGCCACUCCAGCCACUGUUGGUGUGAUUCAGGGGAAAAUUCAUGUUGGACUUUCACCAGACGAGCUCGAACAUCUCGCUCAAUGCAGGAACGCCCUGAAGGUGUCACGACGAGAUCUGCCUUAUAUCAUCAGCAAAGGUCUUUCAGGAGGAACGACUGUGUCAGCCACUAUGAUAGCUGCACACAGAGCGGGGAUCCCUGUUUUUGUCACAGGGGGCAUUGGAGGGGUUCAUCGAGAUGGACACAACAGUUUGGACAUCAGCACAGACCUGACAGAGCUUGGAAGAACCCCCAUAGCAGUGGUCUCUGCGGGAGUCAAAUCUAUUCUAGACAUUGGUCGCACCCUGGAGUUCCUUGAGACUCAGGGUGUCUGUGUCGCCACCUAUGGAAUGACAAAGACUUUUCCAGCGUUCUUCUCUCCACUGAGUGGAUUUUCCUCCCCAUAUCAUGUCUGCAACCCGAGUGAGGCUGCAGAUCUCAUCGCAAGCUCUCUGUCAUUGGGUCUCCAAAAUGGUGUCCUGAUAGCAGUGCCCAUCCCCGACGAGCAUGCAGCAGCAGGGCAGCACAUAGAGGAAGCCAUCCAGGCUGCAGUAACAGAAGCAAGUUCCAAAUGUGUGACAGGUAAAGACGUGACACCAUUUAUCCUUCAAAAGGUCAACGAGUUGACUCAAGGAAAGUCCCUGCAAGCUAACAUGGCUCUCAUUCGUAACAAUGCAAAGGUUGGCAGUCAGAUUGCAUGUGCACUAUCAAAAAAGACGGCUCAGAGCUCAUCAAAAAAUCCAAAUCAGCAUUGUAGAAAUCUCUCUACAAAGACAAAAUCAGAUAUUGUGGUUAUUGGAGGGAUAAAUGUUGACUUCAUUGCCAAAGGAAAAACAAAAAAAAUCCAUUUUGGACAGACCAACCCAGGAAGUGUGUGUCAGUCAUUUGGCGGAGUGGGACGAAACAUAGCCGACUCUCUGAGCAGACUAGGCCAGGCACCCCUGUUCAUUUCAGCUACUGGAUCGGAUGCAAACAGUGAUGCAGUGUUUAACUACUGCAAACACAUGAACACAAGUGGUGUGGCCAGGCUGAAGGGGCACAACACAGCAACCUACUGUGUUGUGAUCUCAGAGAGUGGAGAGCUGAGUUUUGGUUUAGGAGAUAUGGACAUCCACCGGCAAAUCACAGAGGACUAUGUGUCUCAGUUUGAGAAACAGCUUUCCUCAGCUGCUCUGGUGUGUCUUGAUGGAAACAUCCCUGUCUCCACCAUCAACUAUGUUUGUUCUCUUGCCAAGAAGCACAACAUUAAUGUUUGGUAUGAGCCAACGGAUGUGGAAAGGGCAUCAAAGCCUUUCCUGUCAGACGCAUGGAAGUCUUUAUCAUAUUCCUCCCCAAACAUGGCCGAGCUGUGCAACAUGAAUAAAACUCUGGGUAUUGCGACGCCCAACGUGCUGCCAACCUCUCUGGAUGAAAUCCUGCAUGUGGCUGUGUCUCUCUCACGCCCCCUUCUGGAGCAUCUUCACUGCUUGGUGGUGACUCUUGGGUCAAACGGGGUGCUGCUGUGUGGGGAGAAAAAUGCAGACUCAGUCAACCUGCAGCCGAGAAAACAGAAGAGAAAAAGACAGCUUUGUGCAGUGCACUACCCAGCACUGAUGGUGCCCCCAGAGGAGACAGUGAAUGUGUCAGGAGCAGGAGACAGUUUUGCAGGUGCCUUGAUAGCAGGAGUCAUCCAAGGAAAAGACACAGAAAACUGUGUGCGAAUGGGUCUCCUAGCUGCAAAGAUGUCCCUGGCAUCACAGCAUCCCAUAUCUCCAAUGCUCAGUAUGGAUUCUAUAGAUCCUACAAAACUAAAGCAAAAGAACUGGCCAACACCAAGCUUUUUCUGGAUAGAUAAGGGUGUACUUGUCUGAGUUUUUAAAAUAUCAUUUAUUUAUUUGUUUGUCAAUUUUUUAUCCUUUUAACUUGUGAUUGUUCAGUUUGAUUGUAAAUGAUUUCAUAAAAAUGCUUUGUCCACAAUGGAGUAAUAAAUAAAGUAAUGAAUGAAACAUGCUAACGUCAUGGGCAUUUUUGUUGUAUUUCUAGUUUAGCCAACACCUGAUUAAAAAUAACUAUGGCUAAAUUGAUAAAAUCAAUUAAUUGAUCUCAGCUCAAUAGAUCAAUAAUUGAUCCAAAAAG